UGCACAAGAAAAGCGCUCCAUGGCUGCAUCGCACCCCAGCGGCUCUCCCUCAUUGUACAUUCGACCCAGAAGAAAGUGGAUCACGCGGCCCGCCUGAGCUUUCCGCCCGAACCGCUCAUACCGCCCACGUUGCUCGCUCAAAGCUGUGCGACCCCGACGCCCUUCGCUGGCAGCACACCCACCCCACCCUCGCUUUUCAGCACUCCGCGGUUGCCCUGCUCCCCUCGAGAACACCUCAAUUGAACUCGGACGGUCUUGUCAUGGCAGACUUCGAGAGCAGACCGGCCGUCGCGGGCAACGAGCUCAGAGAACGCGCCUCGCAGGCCCCUCCGACGACGCACCCACGAGACUCGUCCCAGGACGCGAGAGCGAAGAUGCUCGAGCUCAAUGCCGCUGACGAUACCGAAGGGGACUAUCACAAGGGCAAGAGGACAUACGGCAGGACCCCCGACGGCGUAGUAUUCACUGUUCCACAGACCCAUGACAUGGUCUCGCAGCUCCUCUCGCCCAGGCAAUCAAAGAACAAAUCCGAUAUUGCAGUCCUCCUCAUUCUCGCGACCAUGGUCUUAACCCUCUACUGGCUGCCGUCCAAGCUCCGGAUUCCCGCAUUCGCCGUUAUUUUCAUGUUCUGGCGAGCGUCGUACAAUGCUGGAAUUGGAUACCUGCUUCAGAUACAGUCGAAUGACCGCAGGCUAGUCACAUGGGCUCGGAAGUCAAAAAUCUUUGAGCACCCCUCUACCGGCAAAAAUCCGCAUCCGAAGCUGUAUGCGCUUCUAAAGAGCGAGAUGGAAACCAAAAUCCCCAAGGACUACAACUUUGACGAAGCUCCAAUCGAGUACAAUACAUGGUUGGUAUUUAGACGCUUCGUAGACUUGAUCCUUAUGUGCGACUUCGUUUCUUACUGCCUGUUCGCUCUGGCAUGUGCUACUAGACCUGCGGAGGAGGGCGUGGCAAUGGCCAUCGCUCGUUGGACGGCCGGCAUAAUACUCUUUCUCUUCAAUCUGUGGGUCAAGCUUGAUGCACAUCGGGUGGUCAAGGACUAUGCUUGGUACUGGGGAGACUUCUUCUAUCUCGUCGAUCAGGAUCUCACCUUUGACGGCGUCUUCGAGAUGGCGCCCCAUCCAAUGUACUCUGUUGGCUAUGCCGGAUACUACGGUAUCUCGUUGAUGGCAGCCAGUUACAAAGUCCUGUUCAUUUCCAUCCUCGCCCAUGCAGCUCAAUUUGCUUUCUUGACCUUUGUUGAGAACCCACAUAUCGAGAAGACUUAUAAUACGCCACCGCCCAGGAAGCGCCACGCGGUAGAUGCCCAAACGCACGAGGAACGUCCAAGCUCAUCACAGUCCAACCAGGGCUUUGCGGACAGCUACCCCUCUAUCGAGUCUGUCACUCAACCCUCGCAGAUUCACAAGAUCAUUGGAAUACAAAACGUAGACUUUCAUCGGCUGAUUGACAUUGUCGUUGUCCUUUUUCAGUUAUAUCUCUUCAGUUUCGCCGUCAUGACACCAUCGACCCGCCUCUAUCAGACCUUCUUCGUUGCUAAUGCUGUCAUCUGGCGACUCUGGUACUCCGUCGGUAUUGGUUAUAUCCUGGACCGUCAAUCGAACAAGAAAAGUUGGACUCGGCAUUUCAUAAAAUACGGGGAUAGCUCCGCCGAAGCCUGGCGGCAGUGGAAAAGUUUGUACCAUCUUAGCAUGACCCUGUGUCACACAAGCUUCCUCUGUGCUGCUUGGAAGAUGUACGCUUUGCCCCCGAAUUGGGAGUACGGCAUGGCUCUCCUUCGGCACAUAAUUGGCGCCGCUAUGGCUGCCUUGCAGCUGUGGACCAUCAUCAGCAUCUACGAGUCUCUUGGGGAGUUUGGCUGGUUCUUCGGUGACUUCUUCUUCGAUCAAUCGCCAAGCAAGCUCACUUAUAGUGGCAUUUAUCGAUUUUUAAACAACCCAGAGCGCAUCCUGGGAUUGGCUGGUGUGUGGGGCAUCGCCAUCAUCACAUGGAGCAAGACGGUCUUCUUCCUUGCGCUGCUAAGUCACAGUCUUACGCUUGCUUUUAUUCAGCUUGUCGAGCGCCCUCAUAUGCAGAAACUCUAUGGUCAAUCCCUUCGGCAGAAAUCCGGCCUUUCCAAGAGUAUUGACCGAUCAUUACCCUCCCCGAUUCGCCAAUGGCGUGGAGGAGUUGAUCGAGUGCUCGGGGAAGCGGUCGAAUUUGUUGAAGAGCUUCUUGAUUCGGCAAGGCCGAAACUGGCUGCUGGUGUUGGCACUUUCGUCAAGGAUUCAACUGCGCUCUUUAGGUCAUACCCUGCCCGUAUUAGCAUCACUCGUUUGGCGGAAGACCUUGCCGGUUUUGACCCGAAAGACUACUCGAUCAAAAUUGAGGGCACACCCGUGUCGGGCAUGGUUGAGAAAGACAAGAGCAGCGGCCGUGAGAGUGAAAUGGCACGAGCACCUGCUUUACGGACCAGCGAGUUUCGCACUCUCACGUAUGAAUAUGGCGCUCCCAUCAAAGUCCGCUGGACAGCGCCGCUCAAUCAUAGCAAGAAGGACUGGGUUGGGCUGUACAUGGUGGCCGACAAUGCAUCGAGAGAUGUAACGCGGGUUGCGUCCAACGGCCGUUGGGUGGCAACGAACCCUAAUGUCUACGAUUCAGCUAGACCUGCGGAAGGCAUUCUGGUCAGUGACAAGCUGAUUGUUGGAGGUGAAAGGCCAGAUGGCGAUAUCUCAGACUACUUUUCCGGCGAGAUGGUGUUUUCCGGUGACAAGAUCUGGUGGACAACGGGCGUCUUUGAAUUUAGAUACCAUCACGAUGGGAAACACAAUGUCAUGGCCAUCUCCCUCCCGUUCGAGAUACGGAUCCCGAGAUUUGAUGAGGAAGAUGCAGAGGUCGAUGCCAAUGGGCUCAUAAGACCAGCUGUGGAAACUACGCUGCUUCCGGUUGUUCAGAACUGUUUUGACCGGGACCCAGAGAUUGCACCUAGCAAUGUCGAUGAGUCUUUCGGAAGCCUCGUUGAGAGGGACGGGAAGUAUGCGAAAAGAGUCGUGUUUGCUGUACACCAAAUGUUCGGCAUCGAGCUCGCGGCUGAGGUGGUGCAGGCUGACGGGAAUGUCAAGAACCUCGCGUGGAGAAUAUGCAACGCGAAGAAGGUCUUGCAACCGUAUAGCAUGUCACCAUCGAAAGGGAGAGGCACGCCCACAGGUCAUGGGUUCUGAUACGUUGAAGUCCUACUAACAUGGGUUGACAUUCUUAGAUUGUACUUGUUUUGUAUUCGACGAGGACGAUCUGGGGACGUCUCCGACUUCUCAUCACCAUCGGACGACUUCUCACACCUCCAUUCCAUUACCUUUCGUACCUUCCGAAGUCAACCUUUCCAUCUAAGAGCAAUGUUGGUUUCCGGGCCUAUUUAGAUCAAGGAAAACAAGAGUUGCUUCGAUUGCCAAUCUUUGUCAAAGCACGCAUACGUCCUGUUUUUCCUUCUUGGCACCGUUUACACCAGUUCUCAGGAUAAGUCAAGACCACCAUCGCUAUAUGGGUAAAAGUACUGCGCUUGCAUUUCCGGGAGGUUUGGUAGCAUAAUUUGGUUUGCAGCAUACGG